CGUGGCCAUUAUGAACCGGGUAUCCCACAUCUGCCCAAGACUGGCUUUCCGCGCUGCGCUUGUGGGAUUGGGCGGAUAGGCAAGCCACAACUCACAAUCGAGUACGCCUACCGAGUGAACGACACAACGCGAGAAAACAGUCCCAUACGGCUUGUUCGAGCAGUGACUUCGCAGCGUAGAAAACGGCCUGUGGCUCCUCAUUUAUGGAUAAUGCGAACGACGCCACAACUGCCUUGUUUGCCGCAAAGUUCCUCAGGGUUCACUCCUAAUAAUCACCAGGAGCGAAAUAAUCGCUCGGAAGCUGACAAAUGGUUGCAAAAAGCAUUAUUAAAGUCAAUCCUAUGAAAAAGAAGGAUGCAUUGGAAUUACUCG